AUUCUGAGAGAUCUUCAGUAGUUUCCUGACUUCUCAGUUAAUAUCAUAUCAACUUGCACAGCAUCCCAAAAAACAACCCUCAACAAGUCAAAAUGAACAAGUUUGUGCUCUUCACUUUCCUCUUCGCCGCCUUCGUGGCCACCAAUGCCCAAUUCUUCGGCGCCGGAGAUGCUUUUGGUCCAGCCAUGUGGAGCCCAUGGCCUCAGCUUGUGGUGGAGAAGGCAGUGCAGAAGGUCCGUGACACGCCCGUGUCCGCCGAGCUGCAGCCACAGCUGGAUCAAGUCGUUGAGGAUCUGGAGGCCGGCCUGGCGCAGUGCGAGGAGCUCCUGCCCCUCAACGUCUACUGGUUCUACAAGCGUUGCGUCGGAGUGCAGCUGAAGAAAGCCUCGAACGCCGCCGCCGCCCUCGAGGCCGCCUCCACCGCCGCCACCACUCAGGCCCCAGCCUAAGGAAUCGUCUGCCACUCUAGCAUCUCUGGCCCAAGGAUUUUUCAUGAUGAUUAUUUAUGUAUAAACGUUAAAUAAAUUGCAAUUCAAAAGUUAA